UUGAAAGAAAGCAAUUUUCAGGAUAUCUCAGAAGAAGCUAACUAUGUAUUUCAAGAUGCACUCGAAUCUCCUCGCAGCUAUUCAAGUGAUUCUAGCAAACAGCCAAAGUCGAUUCUGAAACAACCUUCGGUUCCUUUAUUCUCAUCAUCUGUUCACAGCGAAGGCGAUGAUACUCUUGAACGUCGCGUGGAAAGAGUUCACAUCAAUGAAAAUGAAAAUUCUGAAGAAUGGAUACUAAAAAACCGUAAUCAAAAUCAGCCGAAAAAUUUUUCUCGACCGACCGGUUUAGGUACACAUUUCACUAGUGAAUCUCAAAAAUAUUACCACGAGAUACCGAAGAACAUGAAGCAACACUCAGAAACACCUACCCAUUUACCUCAAGCUUCAUUUAACGGGCCAUUUUUCACUCUCGAAGAAGUUCAAACUAGACACAAAAGGUAUAAUAGUUAUUUAAGCAUAAUAAAUUGGGCAGAAAUUUCUGAUGAAUACCAUAUGAUUAGUGAAAAUCAGCGCUUAGAAGAUAAUCCUCCGACAACUCAAAACAUCCGACAAAUUUCUUCUGAGAAAGAAUCGAAGAAUCACCAACAAAAGCACAGUAACCGAUCCAAAUCUGUUUCCAUAAUAGAAAUGAACGCGGAAGAAUCUGAAAAAAAUAAUGAAAUUAAAGAGAAUAUUUUGCACUGGUCAACACAAACAUUGAAAGGGCAACGUGAGCGGGCAAGGUCAGUUCCACCAUCACUGAAAACAAGAAAUAUUAUGGAUCCCGAUCAGAUUGAUGAAUAUCGUCGUCAGAAGAAACUUGAACUUGAAGCAAUGAGACGUAGAGAAGAGGAAACUAUGUUCUGGAGGCAAAAACAGGCUCGUUUUUUGAAGAUGCAAGAACAACUAUUCUAUGAGCAAUUUCAUGCUGACAAGAAAGAAAUCAGUGCUAACUUUAAUGAUUCGCAUGAAGAAUUGCGACUUAUUGAUAUCAAUGCACAGAGACGACAGCAACAACAAUACGCUCAAGAAAGUAUAGAACCACAGUUUAUACGUGUGUAUGAAACACGGCCUAUUAUGGCAGUAUCAGAAGUUAGUGGAUCUGGAAGAUUAGUUUCGACACCAAAUCAAGUUACCUGGAAACGAAUGUAUAUUGUCGAUUCGCCCAAACCAGUUGCUAAAAACGAGAUUAUUACAAGUGAGCAAUUACUCGAGAAAGAACGGUUUGAUAUCGACUUGUUGAAGCGUCGAGAAGCAUUCAUCGAAAAGCCGAAAAUAGAGCCAACAAUUUUUCGGACUGGAAAACGCUGGAAACCGCCACCAGAACAACCUUUCAUCUGGCCAAAUAUGAGGAUAUUGGCAAACUCUGAAAAAGUUAUCGAAAGUAGCAGUAAUUAUUCUACAGAUAGUGCUCCAGCUCGCACCGUUGAAGGUGCAGAAUUUCGUUGGCAACCAUUUGUUUACGAUCCAGAGUACAAACGAGAACAUAAAAAUUUUAUUGUUGAAGAUUCUCCACCAAGCACACCACGAGGAUUUGGACCUGGUUCCUUGGAUGAACCAGCGAAACGACAAAUCAAGCAUUUAAUUCAGCCAUUACCAGACGGAAGUCAUCGACCGAAGCCAGCAUUUGGAGGUCCACGUGCUACUCCGUCUGGAGGUUUCCAUCCUCAUGCCCCAAAUGCUGUUAAAGUUUUGAGGAAGAAACUCUCGCAUAGUACGAGUUCACUAGAAACAGGUGAUGUUGAUGCUGACAAAGAAGUGGAAAUUAUCCAUCAGAGAAGGUUUCAUCGAUUGGGGGAUCAAUCACCUAUCAUCACUACUUCAGGUUCAGAUAUAGCUGAGUGGGAAAAGAUUUACGACUUGCCACCUCACUCGUCUACGAUCACACCACGUGACACGCCUCAGAAUGUGAAUGUACGUGGUAAACUAGCGGCAUUUGAGCAUGCUUUACGACAAUCUACACCAUUCAUGCAGCAUCGUAUCAACGUGAGUGAACCACAUCGUCGUCCAACUUCUUCCAUGCGUACGUUGAAUAUAGAAAGCAAUUUGCAUUCACCCAAAAAUGCACAAUUCGCUCGAAAUGACCAGCAUCGGCGAUAUGAACGACAAGCAUCUAGCAGCAACGGUUUCUUACUUCGUCGAAUGGAUCAGCGAGAAAAGGUACGUCCUAUGAUCAGUGCGAACAAUUAUCAACAAGAGCAAUCACGACGGAAAGCAUUACCUCAAGAUUAUACAAAUAACAACAAUACUGCACAACAACACAACAUAAUUCAAUCAGCACCCUCAGUUCACCAUCGACAACUUGGACCACGCGUAUUUCCUGCACGUCGUUUGAAACGCAUACCUCUGGAGUUUUCAAACAAUCGACGUGAUCAUUCUAUCAUUGUCACUGAAGCACAACCCUCACGAAUUAUUCGAACGAAUCAUCAGCGAUAA